AUGAACUCUGAGAGGAGAGACUCGGGAGAUGGUUUCCGAAGAGAAGCGCUGAAAUCAACCGACUCGAUGCAACGGCAGAACUCUAGACUGUCGUUUGAGAGCGAUGGCGGUAUAUCCGAAAUCAAGAACUGCGCAGAGGAAACAUGGAAUGAAAAGGAAGAAGCCAAAAUUGGUAUGUCGAGUGCUCUCACCGCGUUCUACAGUUUGUUCCUCACCAUUUCUGCCCUCGUUCUUGAACUUUCACAUGUGCUCUCAGAAGAAGAGGAACGAGAAAUCAACGCAAAAGACAUGAUAUUUGGAAUGUACAUGUACGGCACUUCGAUCAUGUUCUUCAUUUACAUGUACGUAGUAUUGCUUCUCGAUCCUCGAUGGUACUGGACAAUGAAUAUGUUGCAGAGUUUCUUGAAAAAACCUGAAUCGAAAGAAUCCUCACUGUGCUCUACUGUAAUUACAACAAGGAAAGUAACACAUUCCGGAACCUCGACUGGGAGUCUUUUCCUCAGAUUCGGCUGCGUCGGUAAGCGACAAUUUGGAAGUGAUUUCAUCGAUGUGUUUCAGGAAAAUCUCUUUGUUUACAGUAUUCGGUGUCAUUGGGGUAAUUUACUACUCCUUUCUGGUUUUUCUGUGCGUUGUCGACUCAAGCUGCUCCGCGUUCACAACCACUCUCGAUCUAUCUAUCACUGGGCAUCAUCCAAUAGCACGCUUUGGUACCAUGCACCUCAUAGCUGCCAAUCUGUGGACAUGGAUAAGAUAUGUACUGUUGGAAGAAGGGGCAAUGGAGAAAGAGAUCAGCUAUCUAUCACUGGGCAUCAUCCAAUAGCACGCUUUGGUACCAUGCACCUCAUAGCUGCCAAUCUGUGGACAUGGAUAAGAUAUGUACUGUUGGAAGAAGGGGCAAUGGAGAAAGAGAUCAGAGAAGUUUUCCAUGCGAUAAGCAAUCAUACUGAAUCAGGAAUGGAUGAGGCCACGCUUGAAGCAUUUGAACAUCGAAAUAUCGACAGCAGCUGCCGAUCAGUCGAAUGCAUGCUGGGAAGUGUAUCUGAAGUGAUGUAUGCGGCCAUAGUCGAAUACUCACUAAUAGCAGCAGCCGUCAUGUAUAUUGUGUGGAAGAACAUAGGAAAAGUGCACUACAGCUCGGAGUAUGUGAAAAGGAAGUAUCAUAUUCGAAUGGAUUGCUCCAAUACUACAACAGGGCUUUUUCUUGGAUUGAUUUUCCUGAUAGGAACUUUCUCGUCAAUGCUAAUUUAUUACGGUUACUCAAUUCUUGGUAGAGACACGAGUGCAGCGUUUGCCUACGCAAUAACAGAUGUCGUACAGUACAUCUUAGCUACAAUUGGCUGUGUGAUGGCUAUCUAUUAUAUGAAAAGUUUGGCCCAAGUCGACAAACGCGACAGUCACAUGACGAGAGACCAGGUUGGUACGCAGACAUUCGUGAUCUAUCUUGCAACCAAGGUGAAAGCCGGGACGUCCAAUAAACGAAGUCAGCCUGGAAAACAAGCCAUCACGUUUCUCUUAGCGGUCAAUCUGUCUUUAUUUAUGAUGAACCUUCUGCAAGGUCAAAAGCCAGCUCUUUCUGAGAAUAUUAUUGCAGGGCUCGUUGGCUUGACAGGAGAAGGUCAAUGGCAGCCACUCGCUUUUCUUCUUUUUGUCGUGCACAUACUGAGGCUUAUCCAGGUUGGUACGCAGACAUUCGUGAUCUAUCUUGCAACCAAGGUGAAAGCCGGGACGUCCAAUAAACGAAGUCAGCCUGGAAAACAAGCCAUCACGUUUCUCUUAGCGGUCAAUCUGUCUUUAUUUAUGAUGAACCUUCUGCAAGGUCAAAAGCCAGCUCUUUCUGAGAAUAUUAUUGGUGAGGAUUCAAACACAUUUCUCUCACUCUGUGGAGUUGAAAGCACUGCAUUAUCCAUUUUCUUCAGAUUUCUAUGGAGAGCGGUCAUGGGUAUUUCUUGUACGCAGCUUUUCUCCUCUGACGGUCUUCUACCGAUUUCACAGCUCGGUCUGUCUUGCAGAAAUAUGGAAGAGCGUCUAUGCGAACAAAUGAAUCGGAGCCGCUCAAUAUCAUUGCCUGUACAUUAUGAAAUA